UCGCUUUGAUGGCAGGGUCGGCCCAUUGAGCUCAGAGCUAGGGGGGGGGCUUCUAUUUGUCAGUUCUCCGAGCCGUGAGCGGGGUGUACCGGGAAGAGAGGGGGAUUCUCCAGCCGUUCCCCCCCGUUGCAGUCGCCUGGACCCGGGGAAACUUGUUACAAAGUUGCCUGCGUGUGACCCUACGGACGGAUACAAAGUCUCAGUUUGUGCGCACGGACUAGGAAUGAUUUUUCCAAGUAGCAGCAACCCGGUGAGAACUCCAUAUCGGAAGCAGCAACCCAUUGUGCCUGCUCACCCCAUGGCUCCUCCAAGCCCCAGCAUGACUGGUAAUAACAACAACAGCAGCAGCAGUAGUAGCAGCUCUGGAUGGGAUCAGUUAAGCAAAACAAACCUUUACAUACGAGGACUUAGUCCGAACACGACAGACCUGGACCUGGUGAAACUCUGCCAGCCGUAUGGGAAAAUCGUUUCCACAAAGGCUAUUUUGGAUAAGACAACAAACAAAUGCAAAGGUUAUGGUUUUGUAGACUUUGACAGUCCAGCAGCUGCCCAGAAAGCUGUUUCUGCAUUAAAGGCUUCUGGAGUCCAAGCACAGAUGGCAAAGCAACAGGAACAAGACCCAACCAAUUUGUACAUAUCGAAUUUGCCUCUUUCUAUGGACGAGCAAGAAUUGGAGAGUAUGCUUAAACCCUUUGGACAAGUAAUCUCUACAAGAAUACUGCGUGAUUCUAGUGGUACCAGCCGUGGGGUUGGGUUUGCAAGGAUGGAAUCUACAGAGAAAUGUGAAGCCGUGAUUAGUCAUUUUAAUGGAAAAUUCAUUAAACCUCUUCCUGGAGUUUCUGCUCCCACUGAACCCUUGUUGUGCAAGUUUGCUGAUGGAGGACAGAAGAAGCGACAGAAUCAGAACAAAUAUAUCCAGAAUGGAAGAGCCUGGCCUAGAGAGGGCGAGGUGAGAUUUGCUGGCAUGACACUUACAUAUGACCCCACCACUGCUGCUAUUCAAAAUGGGUUUUACCCCACACCGUACAGCAUCGCCACUAACAGAAUGAUUACCCAGACAUCGAUCACACCUUAUCUUGCGUCUCCUGUGUCAACGUACCAGGUGCAGAGUCCAUCUUGGAUACCACCCCAACCUUACAUCAUGCAACACGCAGGAGCUGUGUUAACCCCGUCCAUGGAACACCCCAUGUCACUACAGCCUGCCUCCAUGAUGAACCCUUUGGCACAGCAAAUGAGUCAUAUGUCUUUAAGCAGCAGCGGAACAUACAUGCCUGCAGCAACAGCUAUGCAAGGAGCUUAUAUCCCCCAGUACACACACGUCCAGACAGCUGCAGUCUCUGUGGAGGAGCCCAGCGGUCAACAGCAAGUGGCAGUAGAGACGUCCAACGAGCAUUCUCCUUAUACCUAUCAACAAAACAAGUAACUCUAAAAUGGUGUCAUGAUCAUGCCUGAGGGAGAAAAGGUGCAGAGGCUGAAACAAUCAUGGAUUUUUCUGAUCAAUCGUGCUUUAUGAAUUGACCGUUUUGCACAGGUUCUUGGAGAAAACAAAAUCAAAAAACAUUAUUUAUAAUGAAAUCAACUCAAACUAUUUUUGCUAUAAGUUCUAUGAGGUGCAUAAAAAAAAAAUCCUUCACUUCAUCUAGCGACUGUUCCCGUGAACAGUUUUAUUUUAUUACGAAAAUUUUUAUCAAGUACUAUAAAAAAAGAAAGAAAGACUACAAGUUUAUUUCUGGAUAUGCACACGUGACACAUUUGGAUGAAUCCAUGUGCAUGACCGAAGAUCUUGUGUUAUCAUUUUUUUUUUUUACUUAUUUUUAUUUUUUUAAUUUGUAUAAGAAUUUUAUUUUGUUUUUACUUUUUCAGAAUUUUAUGUUUCCUGAAACUAGCCAUUUCAGAAGCUGAGAGGCCCUUAAUGCACCAGCGAGGUUGUUUCAGCUAAGCAUGACUGGUUGCUCAGCCGCUGAAUUGGUGUCAAUAAAAGGGGGGCAUCUGCGGUGGUGCCGCUGUGUUUGCAGUGUGAGUGUUGCUGUUGUGCAGUGUUGCUGUCUGUUGUUUCUGACCCUUUUUGUCAUUCUUUCUCAUAGCGUGAAGUGUCUUAUCUUUUUUUAAUGAAUUCCAAUUUGCCUUAAAUCUUUCAAUGCUGUAGCUUUUUUCCCGAAGUAAUUAGUGUAGAAUGCUUUGACCAAGUUAGCUGGUCGUUAUGCCUUGUAAAACAGCAGCAUAGGGCUUUUAAAAAAAGAAAAAAAUAGUCAAUAAAAUUGCUGAAGAUUUUGCUUUUUUAAAAAAAAAAAAAAAAAAAUGUGCAGUAGCUGUUUUAGAUGACUUUUUUUUCCACGUAAUAUGUAAGGCUUUGGGUAGGUGGGAGGAGGGAAAAUGUUUUGUGUGAAACACUUUUUUUCUGAUGGGUAUGUUUUAAUAGAAUCCGUUGUUUGUAAGGCCUUAUGCCAAUUUGCUCUGGUAGUCCAAGCGAUUUUAGGAAAUCUGCUGUAAAAUGCAAUGUAAAAACUUUUUUGCCUUUUUUUUUCCCAGACUAACUUGAUGUUCUAGUUUUAGUGAUUGUAGAAUAUAGGAAUUGGGUUGGGGGAUUUAAUAGUGAAUGUGUUUUUUUGAUGUUUUUUGUCUUUAUACAAUUUAAUGAUAGUGCUUUAGAUAGUCGAUUGUGCUGAAAAUGAGCAAACAGAAAAGUGCUGUUACAGCAAAAUGAUAAAAACGUACAAAAAUUUAAAA